ACGCGUAUUCAUCUACUUGCCUCUUGUUGGUUGCGAGUAGUGACGCCAUCAACAAGCGACGCUCACUAUCCCACACGAAAGUGAUUGACCCUAGAAAACACGUUAUUAGUUCGUAAAUACACGUCAUUAUCAUGGCAACAGAAGGGGUAGAAAAGACGAGUGACGAUCCAUUGCAACCAGGUAAAGUCGGCACCAGAUUUGACCUGGAGAAGGAGACUGAACUUCGUUUUGAGGUGGAAGCUGGGGAGGCUGCGGAGCAUGUUGAGUUAGAACUCCUUACAGGAAUGGCAGAAGUGUUUGGGUCAGAAUUGAACCGAAACAAGAAGUACACUUUUGGAGCAGGCGCCAAGAUCGCAGUAUUCACCUGGCAAGGUUGCAGUGUCAACCUAUAUGGAAAACCAGAGGUGGCUUACGUGUCCAAAGAUACUCCCAUGCUGCUCUACCUGAACACUCAUGCCGCACUGGAACAAAUGAGAAAACAGGCAGAGCGGGACAAUGAGAGAGGGCCAAGGGUGAUGGUGGUGGGACCGACUGACGUGGGCAAAUCAACGGUGUGUCGACUCUUACUGAGCUACGCUGUGAGAGUGGGCAGGAGACCCACCCUGGUGGAACUGGAUGUCGGCCAGAGCGGGGUAUCAGUACCAGGGACAGUGUCAGCGCUGUGCAUCGAACGUCCAGCAGAUGUGGAAGAGGGCUUCUCAGUCCAGGCUCCUUUGGUCUACCACUUUGGCUCGACUUCUCCAGGGACCAACAUCAAACUUUACAACAAGCUGACAUCGUGCCUGGCUGAAGUGUUUUCUCAGCGCUGUGAGGUGAACAGGAAAGCCAGCGUGGGAGGCUGUAUCAUCAACACAUGUGGCUGGGUGAAGGGCUCUGGUUACCAGGCUCUGGUCCACUGCGCCUCUGCCUUCGAGGUGGACGUGGUGCUAGUGCUGGACCACGAGAGGCUCUACAAUGAACUAAAACGAGAUCUUCCUCACUUUGUCCGCGUCGUGCUCCUGCCCAAAUCAGGGGGAGUGGUCGAGCGCUCCAAGGAGUGCCGACGCGAGGUUCGGGAUGAGAAAAUCCGAGAAUACUUCUACGGCUUCCGGGGAGUGUCCUUCUACCCUUUCUCAUUUGAAGUGCGUUUCUCUGAUGUGCGAAUCUAUAAAAUCGGGGCACCUUCCAUCCCAGACUCAUGCCUGCCAUUAGGAAUGUCUCAGGAUGACACUCAACUGAAACUGGUGCCUGUGACGCCGGGAAGAGACCUCACCUAUCAUGUGCUGAGUGUUAGCAGUGCAGAGGAUGGAGACGAGGGAGCAAGAAAGGGAAUCGUGGAGAGUCCCGUGUGUGGCUUUAUUGUGGUGACCAAUGUAGACACACAAGCACAGGUGAUGAAAGUGUUGUCUCCAGCUCCCAGACCGCUGCCCAGACACACACUGCUCAUCAUGGACAUACGUUUCAUGGACACUAAAUGAGGUGACGCACUCUUGUGUUUUUGGGCUAUGCUGAUCCUGAUGACCUCAAAUAAUGCUGUGCUAAAAUACCCGAAUCUAUUGUAAUAUAGUUUCCAGUUUAUUAACUAGACUGCAUUGUGCUAUUAUUGACAGGUGAUACUUCAUAGUCUGUUGUCAUUUUCUUUCUUGUCUCAUUGGAAAUACAAACGUUUUUUUUUUCUCGUCUUAUCGAAAAGAUGUUCUUUAAGAAUACAAAUAAACUUCCCCCUUAACGUUUGUGCACUGCUUAUUCACCCAUCCGUUAACUGUAACGCUUGUCCUCAUUAGGGUUGAGAGUGAGCUGGAGCCCAUUGUAGUUGACAUUGUGCAAGAAGCAGGGUCCACCCUGGGCUCGUUGCCAAUCAUGUUUUUGGAGUGUGGGAGCAAGCCGGAGUACGUGAAGAAGACCCACACAUGCACAGGAAAACAUGCAAACUGCACAGAGGAAGCUUGCCAAAGAAGUGUGAGGCAGAUGUGCUGCACCUUGCUGCCCAUUACUGGUUCAGAUUAAUGUUAUAACUGCCCUUAAAAAUACUGUAUCUUGGAUUUUGCCAAAGGUCCUCUCGACAACAACAGAUUCUUAAUGAGUUUGCUUUCAGACUAAAUAAAGGGACAACAAAAUACAAACAUGUUUACAGGAUACUCCCGAUGAUGUUGAACUAUCAACGAAUGUUGGAAAGUACUCUGAACUCUUCACAGCUCAUUUGUUUGUUCAACACUUGACACCUUACUUUGCAGGUCAUAUUUAACAUUCCUGAGUUAC